AUGGCGACACCAGUAGCAGCAGCCGCGGAGGCGGCAGUCCAGACAAUACCGCGCCGUUUCGGCACGAAACAAGUCUAUCUCCCAAACCACGUCAUCGCCUUCAUCCGCCCGAAACCGCGCCAGCCCCCCAACCUGGCAACCUUCGUCGUACCCCUCCAAUUCAACAAGCUCGACAUGCGCGACUAUCUCUGGCACGUAUACAACGUCGAAGUCACCGCAGUCCGCUCCUUCGUCAACCAAUUCGGCCCCCGUCAAAAGCACGGUCACACCGGCCGCACGUUCCGCCCCCGUUCCGGCAAGAUGAUGAUCGCCGAGCUGGUCAAGCCUUUCGUCUGGCCCGAACUACCAGAAGAAAAGGAUCUGGAGGACUUUGAUAUCGGCAUGCACCAGCGGCUGAACAAAAACCGAAAGAAGUCUUUGGAUCAGCAGAUGAAUCCUGGGGUGAUUCCGCUGCGUACACAGACUGAGAUUCCGGCGGAUCGGAGGGCGUUGCGGGCGGAGGCGGAGGAGAUUUUGAGGGGGAGUGGGGUAGCAGAUGCAGAACCUGAGGCGAGGGAUGUCAUAGCUCCGGGUGGUGGUGAGGAGAAGGGAGUGAGUAGUGUGCUUGGUGAUCCGGGCCCGGGGGGUUCUUGGAAGGAGGUGGAGAAGGAUGUCAAGUUUUGA